AACAAGCACGCAGUAAUAACAAUCUAGAAUCUAGGAUGCACGUCCUUUAUUUGCAUAGCGCCUAGCUAGCCAAGCCAUGGCGGGCGUCCCGCCGCUCAUCAUCCUCCUUAGCUUCCUCCUCGUGCUGCCGUCAGCGACGGCGAUAGGCAAGGUCUGCGGCAACGCCGCCGGCAACUACACGGCCAACGGCACAUACGAGUCCAACCUCGCCUUCCUCGCCGCGACGCUCCCAACCAACACCUCCUCGUCGCCUCAGCUCUUCGCGAACGCGACCGCCGGCCAAGCUCCCGGCGACGUGGUGUACGCGCUGGCGCUCUGCCGCGGCGACAUGACCAGCAACCUCACCGGGUGCAGCGCCUGCGUCGCCGGCGCGUUCCAGUACGCGCAGAGGAUGUGCCCCAACGCCAAGGCCGCCAGCGUCUACGACGACGACUGCCUCGUCGGCUACUCCAGCGACAACAUCCUCGUCCCGGCCUAUAACGUCACCCGGGACAUGAGCACGCUCUUCGAGUUCUGGAACGGCGCGGCGACCGGCGCCGGCGCCGGCAGCAACGCCACCCUGGUGGCCGCCGGCGUCAAGGACCUGCUGACGCAGACUGCGCAGCUGGCGGCCGACAGCUCGAGGAGGUUCGUCACGGCAUACAUGGACGCCUCCAGCACCGCCGUCCCGACGCUCUACUCCCUGGCGCAGUGCACGCCGGACCUGUCCGCCGGCGACUGCAUGGCGUGCUUCAGGCAGAUCCUCGGCACGCUCAACGCCACGACGCCAGUGGCAGGGCGGGUCCUCCUGCUGCGGUGCAACUUCAGAGUCGAGAACAUCAGGUUCUUCGACGGCACACAGAUGAGGCAGAUCACGCCGUCAUCCGGCGCUCCAGCACCACCACCUCCGGCUCCGGCGACAAAUAAGGGAUCUGGGGUGAAGGCAUGGGUAAUUGCGGUGUCUGUAGCACUUCCUGUAGCGGUAGUAGCAAUCUGCUUCAUCCUUUACUGCCGUUGGCAAAGGAGAAGGUACAGAAAAGGUGGAUCUAGAUUACGACAAAAGCAUACUCGCAACAACUUGAAAGGAGACGAGCUAGAUUGGGAAAUGGAAGCAGAGCUCUCGGAGUUUUCUGUUUUUGACUUUCAUCAGAUAUUGGAGGCUACAAAUAACUUCUCUGAAGAAAAUAAACUUGGGGAAGGUGGGUUUGGCCCUGUCUACAAGGGUCAGUUUCCUGAUGGUAUUGAGAUAGCUGUUAAGAGACUUGCUUCACAUUCAGGGCAAGGUUUUGUAGAGUUCAAAAAUGAAGUUCAACUCAUAGCUAAACUGCAACACACAAAUUUGGUUAGGCUCUUCGGAUGUUGCUCCCAGGGAGAGGAGAAAAUUUUGGUCUAUGAAUACUUGCCAAAUAAAAGCUUGGACUUCUUUAUCUUUGAUGAAAAUAGAAAAUCAUUACUGGAUUGGAACAAACGUCUGGCAAUAAUUGAAGGGAUAGCAGAAGGACUUCUCUACCUACAUAAGCACUCACGCUUGCGUGUCAUACAUCGAGAUCUUAAACCAAGUAACAUUCUUUUGGACAGUGAAAUGAAUCCUAAAAUUUCAGACUUUGGGCUAGCAAAAAUAUUUAGCUCAAAUAACAAUGAAGGAAGCACUACAAGGAGAGUGGUUGGUACAUAUGGCUAUAUGGCUCCCGAGUAUGCCUCCGAGGGCCUCUUCUCUAUCAAGUCUGAUGUAUUCAGCUUUGGUGUUCUCAUUCUUGAGAUCCUUAGCGGAAAAAGGAAUUCCGGUAGCCAUAAUUGUGGAGAUUUCAUCAAUAUCCUUGGAUAUGCAUGGCAAUUAUAUGAAGAGGGGAGAUGGAGGGAACUCAUUGAUUCUUCAUUGGUACCCAUGCACCACUCAACUGAAAUCAUGAGGUGCAUGAACAUUGGAUUGUUGUGUGUACAAGAGAAUGCAGCUGAUCGGCCAACCAUGUUAGAUGUUGUUGCAAUGCUAAGUAGCAAAGCUAAGAUCUUGGCUAAGCCGAAUCACCCAGCAUAUUUCAAUGUACGGGUAGGAAAUGAAGAGGAAUCCACUACUGGUACUGUGUCACGCAGUAUCAACGAGAUGACCAUAUCUGUCACAACUGCUAGAUAGUUUGUUUGUCCCAUGUGGUUACCGUUGAGCCAAUAUAUAUAGGAAUUGCUCUUUCGGUAAUGCUCGAUGCAGAUAUUCUAUUGAUACUGUCAAUCACUUCAGGUUCAA